AUGUCUACAAUACAACCUACACCAGAAUUAAUGAAAUUUGCACAAUUUCAAUCGAAAAUGGAGGUGACUAGAAGUAAUAAUAAUAAUAAUAAUAAUAAUAACAGUAAUGAUAGUUCAAAUGAAGCUAGCCUUCGGGAAUACAUUACAAAAGUUUAUUCACUCAUGAAUGAAACAAUCACUGUUCCAGUAACUUUUAUACGUUCAUUUAAAUACCGUACAACGUUUUACCUACCGUUGACAAAUGUUCUUCAGUCAACCACAAUUAAAGAAUUAUUCAAUCGUAUACGUCAUGAGAUGAAGAAUUCUCCUAGUGUACCACCACCUUUCAAAAAUUAUUCUUUCGAUGCAUUGAAGAUUCGUCACAAAGCUUUCACAACAAAAUCUGGGGAAUUGUUGGUUGAUGUGGACGGUGAUGUUGUUUCAGAUAGUUCUGAGGAAACAUUACAAUCUCUUGGAAUAGCUCAUGAAACAGAAGUUGCAGUAUUCAAAAUGACUGACUUUUUGGCUCAACGAAAUAAUCCAGAAUUUUUGUGGUAA